AUGGAGUCCUGGGUAGAAAUCGAUCCGAAAAGCGACUUUUCGCUGGCAACCCUUCCGUUUGGCAUCGUCCACACGCCGGCCGACCGCAGCCCGCAUGCUGCUGUCGCUGUGGGGUCGCAGGUACUGGACCUCAAAGUCCUGUCCGCUCAGCCCGGCUUCUUCGACAUCUUCCCGGCGCUCCAUGACCACCCCGAUGUGUUCUCCCAGCCGACGCUGAACGCCUUUGCGGCCCUUGGUCGGCCUGUCCACCGUGAGGUGCGUGCUGCUCUCCAGGGCCUCCUGCAGGCCGGAAGUGCCACCACCCAUCCGGCUUUUCUUCGCGAUAAUUCGGAACUGCGAGCGGCCGCUCUCUUCAGCCUGUUCAAGACACAUAUUCCCAUGGCCAUUGGCGACUAUACCGACUUUUAUGCUGGCGUCCACCACGCACGCGCGGCCGGCUCUCUCUUCCGCGGCGCCGACAAGGCACUGAUGCCCAACUACGGCUGUCUGCCGGUCGCCUACCACGGUCGAGCCUCGAGCGUGGUCGUGUCUCGAACCGGAGUACAGCGCCCAUGGGGCCAGAUAUUGGAAGAGCCGGCCUCUGGCGUCGAGAAGACCCCCGUUCCUACAACGGCACCCACCCGGCGUCUUGACUAUGAGCUCGAGCUGGGCUGCCUUAUCUCUGUACCAAACGAGCUGGGAAGCCAAGUCUCCGUCGAGUCCGCAGAAGAGCACAUCUUUGGCUAUGUCCUGCUGAAUGACUGGAGUGCCAGGGAUAUCCAGAGCUGGGAAUAUGUCCCCCUGGGCCCCUUCAACGGCAAGAACUUUCUUACUACCAUCAGCCCCUGGGUCGUUCUCGCCGAUGCUCUUGAGCCUUUUCGAGUCCCGGCCGUGAGCCCGUCAGAGCCUCUGCAACCGUACCUGGUACAGUCUGACGGAGCCACCGUCUUUGAUAUCGGUCUUUCGGUUGACCUGACAACCCCUGAUGGUGAUAGCACAACACUCACACGAGUCAGCUCACGCAAUCUUCAAUGGUCCUUUCCCCAGAUGAUUGCGCACCAUACUCUCGGUGGCUGUCCAUUGCGCACCGGCGAUUUGCUGGGCUCUGGAACGAUCAGUGGACCGAAGGGCGGCAGCGAGAGUGGCUGCCUGUUGGAGAUGAGUCAAGGAGGAAAAGAGGAAGUUAUGCUGUACGGAAUGGAUAUGCGAACGUACCUUAAGGACGGCGACACUGUCACUCUUCGUGGGUCAGCCUCUCAUGGUGAAACCUCUGGAAACGGUCGUGUUGGCUUUGGUGAAUGCAUCGGUCGUAUAUUCAGUGCAAGGGCUCCCAAGUAA